CGGGGCAUAAAAAGACUAAUAUGACUAACGGAUCCUGGAUGCGUGGUACCCUUAUUUGGAUCUACAGGAAUGUAGGCUCUAGCAGUUCUGCAGCUCUACCAGCCUUUUGCCUGACACUGGAACUGCUGCUCACAAAGUAGAAUCCUGCUGCUGUGUGGUAGGAAGGAUAGAGAAAGAACAUGGCCUGCAUUUUGAAGAGAAAGUCCAUUGUUGCUGUGAGUUUCAUUGCAGGAUUCCUCUGUCUUAUCAUCAUUCGUCUCACAAAUGAAGUAACUUUCCCUUUGAUCCUAAACUGCUUUGGACAAACCAGUGUCAAAUGGAUACCAUUUUCUAAUGGGCAAAGGCAGCCUCUGAGAACUCAUUAUGGAUAUAUAAAUGUGAAAACACAAGAGCCUCUACAACUUGACUGUGACCUCUGUGCCAUUGUUUCAAACUCGGGACAGAUGGCUGGCCAGAAGGUGGGAGCCGAGAUAGACAAGUCUUCCUGCAUAUGGAGGAUGAACAAUGCUCCCACAAAGGGCUAUGAGGAGGAUGUUGGGAAGAGGACAACCGUAAGAGUGGUCUCUCACACAAGCGUGCCUCUCCUACUCAAGAAUUCUGAGUACUUUUUCAAAGAAACUAACAACACUGUUUACGUGAUCUGGGGACCUUUUCGAAAUAUGAGGAAGGAUGGAAAUGGCAUUGUAUACAACAUGCUGAAGAAAACUGUUGACAGCUACCCAACUGCCAAAAUCUAUGUGACAACAGAAAAGCGCAUGAGUUACUGUGAUGCAGUAUUUAAGAAGGAGACAGGAAAAGACCGAGUCCAGUCAGGUUCAUAUCUCAGUACGGGUUGGUUUACCUUAAUUUUGGCUAUGGAUGCCUGCUAUGGAAUUCACGUCUAUGGGAUGAUAAAUGACACCUAUUGCAAGUCAGAAGGUUUUCGUAAAGUUCCCUACCACUAUUACGAGCCAGGAAGAGAUGAGUGUGAGGAAUACUUUCUGCAUGAAAACGCUCCAUAUGGAGGCCAUAGGUUUAUCACGGAAAAGAAAGUAUUUGCUAAAUGGGCCAAGAAACACACAAUAAUAUUUACACACCCCAACUGGACAGUGUCUUGAUACUGGUUUUCUUAACUCUCCCUUAACAUCAUAUUACAAAAAUGUCUGAGUUUACAGUAAUUUUGCUUACAUGUGGCUGGCCUUUCUCAGCCUAGGUAACACUAAACUAAAAACUGGAAGACAAAGAGGGUGAUGGUUCAGCUGUUAAGCAAAAUUAAUCCUCUGUGGAAGGCAGACACAUUGUUUAUUUCUUAGGGUUUUACUCCACACAAUGCACUUUAUACUUUAACUGGAUUUUACUUCAAGGCAGUAGCAGUUAAAGAGAGAUGAGAUUUCCUGUAUAUACAGGUGCACACAGAGAACAUGGUUGUCCUUUAAAACUUGUCCAUCACCUUAGUUAAUUAACUAUAGCACUAGUUCCAUUUGAGGUACUAGUAGAAAUUUUCCACAAAAGAAAUAGGAGGAAAAUAUAGACCUCUAAGGUCUAUGAGUGAGUAAAUUU